AUGUCAGAACCAUCACCUUUGGUCGUUCUCGGCGGCAACUUUGCUGGCAUGUUCGUGUUCGGUUUAAUACUGAGUCAUUUCUUCGGCCGCAAAAGCGCCCUCACCAUCCUUGCCAACAUCUUUGGUACAAUCUUCAUCGUAUUUGGCGUCAACGCGAUCCUGCGACCUCAAAACGCGCUCUCAUUCUUCCAGUGGAGCUACCCUGUCGAUCCAACCAGUCGGGAGCUUCUUGAUCGCGUUAUGAUAAUAUAUGGCGCGCGCGACAUCUUCAUGGGUAUAGCGUUAUAUUCUGCAGCCAUCUUCGGAAGCAGAAAAGCUCUGGGUUCGAUCCUGAUCGCGGCCAGCGCUACUGCUGGCGUGGACGGGUUAGUCUGCAAGAUGAGUGAAGGCGGUGAGUGGCAGCAUUGGGGCUACGCCUCCGUGUUGACCGUUGUCGGUGCGCUGUUGAUGCGCUAA